CUUAAGCCCCCUUCACCACCACAUUUUUUAAGUCAAACAGAAAUCCAAAAGCCUUAUCCUAUUUCCUUGUCACAAAAAAAAAUAUCUUUGCACCACCUUAUCCAUCCAAGUCUCUAGCAUACAAACUGCCCAAGUGCCUAAAAGUUUUAAAGUUUAAAUCUCAAUACCAUCUCUAUUCUCCAUUAGACAUAGGCACAUAGCACAUCUCAUCUGAGGAAACCAACCAACCAAGCCAUCAAAAUGCAGGCCGCUCUCAACCUUCCGACGCUACCUCCGAUCCGCCUUAUCACGCCCGCCAAAUCCCAGGGCUUCCCGUGUUGUUGGAGCUCUAUUCCUAAGCUCCAAUCCUCCAGGACUCCCCAACUCAAGGUCACGGUUGCUUCAAAUGAUAGUCCAACGGUUGAUUACAGCUCAGUGACUUCUGUUUUUCCGGCGGAGGCUUGUGAGACAAUUGGAGGAGACACUUGUGAUGCCAAAAUGUAUCCUGAAGUGAAGCUCACACCACAGCCCAAGAACACAGCUUCCACAGAUUCGUCGGAGCCUGCUGACAGAGAAUAUCUAGAGUACAACGGUCCCAAGACGGUGUUCCCAGGGGAGGCUUGUGAUGAUCUUGGAGGAGAAUUCUGCGAGCCCGAGUAUCAGACAGGAGUUUACUGAAAUACCAUCCUAAUCUUAAUCAAGUUUUAGUCCUUGUAUCUAUUUCUUGCUCUUAGUUUUGUUGAUGCUGGACUUUGGUUUUGUGAAUAUUCACUAAAUAAUUUGUAUGUCAAAAACUUGAUCAUAUUAUGAAUAAAAGUUCAGACUAGUCAGCAGCUAAGAAGCUAAAACUAGUAGAAACAAGCCAAAGCUGAACUGAAUUUACAAAA